AUGUCCUUCAACCACACACCGAUUGCAACGGCUGAUUACGGACACACCCAUAGCAUUAGGAGCCUGCCCCACGCUUUGCACACAGAAGAAAACAGCACGGUAGAACUUAAUGCACGAGAUGACGCAUUUAACACAAAUGUAUACGAGAAAUCUCUUGAACCAACAUGCGUAGAACCACUGGUUUCCCCCCUAGAUGCUCACAGUGAGACAGGAAGCCAUUCUUCAAGUACCAGUGGCUCCCCCUACAUGUCCAGUGUAGAGCCUUCCAGAUCCUCUCACAGUAGCAGUGGGUAUGGGUCGUCCUCAGGAAGCACAACCAGCUCCCCUUAUCCCUCUCCAAGUCUUUCAGAUCCAGCUCCUCUCACGCAGUUAGAAGCCGAAUCGUCGGUAGUUCUAACUGCAAAACCCACCGAGGACGACUCCUCAGUCAAACCGAAAAAAGCCAGGACAAGUUACUCGGCAGAGCAGAUCCGCACCCUGGAGAAUGCCUUUGAGGAAAACGCAUACCCUGAUUAUGACAAGCUGGAGGAGCUUGCUAAAACACUGGGUGUGACGGAACGUAAAGUUAAGGUUUGGUUUCAGAAUAAGAGAGCUCGCUGGAGGAAGAAAAACGCAGCUGAACCUGUCUACAAUCCGGACAUGUAUUCCGAACCGACACCUGUGAUUUCCAAAUUUUCUACACUUGCACCUACAGGGCUGUCAGGCAGCACACCAUCCGGGUAUUCAGCACCUACCCAUUCAUAUUCGAGACACGCCAAGUACUCUGCGCCUUCAAAUUACUCAGUACCUUCCCCGUACCAGAGCCUGGGACCUCUGCCUGGUUUCUUUCCAUCCUACACACCUGCAAUGUACCCUAACUACGCCUCGAUCCCAACGUUCCAGCAAACCAUAAUUUCCUCUGAUGCCGUUCCGGAGGCAACGGACUGUCCUCGAACGAAGACGAGCGCCUCUUCUACUAUUGGUUACCUCCCUUCUUCGAAUUCAGAGCCUUCUGGACAGGCAUCUCUGUACGGUGCAUCACGAUAUCAACAUCAGUACCCCGUCCCACAAAUGUUUUCCCUGAGAUGA